AUAGUGUUCCGGCCGGCUCAUGAGGUCAGCCUGAUAACCUUUGGCACAACAGGAACAUCGAAUUCUCUCCAUGACGAACUGGUGGCUGAAGGUGACGACACACAGUAUCGGAACAUUACAGAGAUAAAACCACUGCAGGUGCCUGACGUGGGAUACCUGUCAGCGGUGUCAGGCUUGGCGGUGAGCUCUGGAGUGAGCGAUUUUCUUGAUGCCCUCGUUGUGGGCUUGGAUCUGCUCAUAAAGGCAGUGGGAAGCGAACCAAGACGGGCCAAGGCUGCAAAAAAGAUUUUGCUGCUGUCAAAUUUCGUUACUGGGGUGAGUUUGGGUGGAACAGGAUGUGUCCACAGGCUGUUUAACAAGCAAAUUUGCAGCCUGCUGUGA